GCCAUAAGUGGGGAGGGAGGGAAUAUCGUGUGGUUGGACCUCAGCUCAUCUGAGGGCUAAAGGUUCUUUGUCACACACCACACAGGAUUGGAGUGCUGUCCUUCUGGAGAGUGGUGGAGAGCUGAGAUACAGUUUGGAACCAAAGGAGUAGAGAAGGGCUUGGAUUUCUUUUGGCUUUAGAUUGGGGAUUAGGGAGGUUUAGCAAGAAAGAUGUCCACUGAUAAUGUGGAAGGGAAGCCCAGUGACCCUGGGGAGAGAGGAAGAGCUCGGAGCUGCACUUUCAACAGGGUUGUCCAGCCAUUGUUUAACCACAGUAUUUUCACUUCUGCAGUCUCUCCGGCCGCAGAACGCAUCCGAUUCAUCUUGGGCGAGGAGGAUGACAGCCCAGCUCCCCCUCAGCUCUUCACGGAACUGGAUGAGCUCCUGGCUGUGGAUGGGCAGGAGAUGGAGUGGAAGGAGACAGCCAGGUGGAUAAAGUUUGAAGAAAAAGUGGAACAGGGCGGGGAACGAUGGAGCAAGCCUCAUGUGGCCACACUGUCCCUUCAUAGCUUGUUUGAGUUGAGGACAUGCAUGGAGAAAGGAUCCAUCAUGCUGGACCGGGAGGCUUCUUCUCUCCCACAGUUGGUGGAGAUGAUUGUUGACCAUCAGAUUGAAACGGGCCUAUUGAAACCUGACCUUAAGGACAAGGUGACCUAUACUUUGCUCCGGAAACACCGGCAUCAAACCAAGAAGUCCAACCUUCGGUCCCUGGCUGACAUUGGGAAGACCGUCUCCAGUGCAAGUAGGAUGUUUACCAACCCUGAUAAUGGUAGCCCAGCCAUGGCCCAUAGGAAUCUGACUUCUUCCAGUCUGAAUGACAUUUCUGAUAAACCAGAGAAGGACCAGCUGAAGAAUAAGUUCAUGAAAAAACUGCCACGUGAUGCAGAAGCUUCCAAUGUGCUUGUCGGAGAAGUUGACUUUUUGGAUACCCCUUUCAUUGCCUUUGUUCGGCUACAGCAGGCUGUCAUGCUGGGUGCCUUGACAGAGGUUCCUGUGCCCACAAGGUUCUUGUUCAUUCUCUUAGGUCCGAAGGGGAAAGCCAAGUCCUACCACGAGAUUGGCAGAGCCAUCGCUACCUUGAUGUCUGAUGAGGUGUUCCAUGACAUUGCUUAUAAAGCAAAAGACAGGCAUGACCUGAUUGCUGGCAUUGAUGAAUUCCUAGAUGAAGUCAUUGUCCUUCCACCUGGGGAAUGGGAUCCAGCAAUCAGGAUAGAGCCCCCUAAGAGUCUUCCAUCAUCUGAUAAAAGAAAGAAUAUGUACUCAGGUGGAGAGAGCGUUCAGAUGAAUGGGGACACGCCCCAUGAUGGAGGACAUGGAGGAGGAGGACACGGGGAUUGUGAAGAACUACAGAGAACUGGACGGUUCUGUGGUGGACUCAUUAAGGACAUCAAGAGGAAAGCACCAUUUUUUGCCAGUGAUUUUUAUGACGCUUUAAAUAUUCAGGCUCUUUCGGCCAUUCUCUUCAUUUAUCUGGCAACUGUAACAAACGCCAUCACUUUUGGAGGGCUGCUCGGGGAUGCCACUGACAACAUGCAGGGCGUGUUGGAGAGUUUCCUGGGCACUGCUGUCUCUGGAGCCAUCUUUUGCCUUUUCGCUGGUCAACCACUCACUAUUUUGAGCAGCACCGGGCCUGUCUUAGUUUUUGAGCGGCUUCUCUUUAAUUUCAGCAAGGACAAUGAUUUUGACUACCUGGAAUUUCGCCUUUGGAUUGGCCUGUGGUCAGCCUUCAUGUGUCUCAUCUUGGUAGCCACCGAUGCCAGUUUCUUGGUUCAGUACUUCACUCGUUUCACAGAAGAGGGUUUCUCUUCUCUGAUUAGCUUCAUUUUUAUCUACGAUGCUUUCAAGAAGAUGAUCAAGCUAGCAGAUUACUACCCCAUCAACUCCAACUUCAAAGUGGGCUACAAUACUCACUUUUCCUGUGCCUGUGUGCCACCUGACCCAGUUAAUAUCUCAGUAUCUAAUGACACCACUCUGGCCCCAGCGGAUUUACCAACUAUUUCUUCUACUGACAUGUACCAUAAUGCUACCUUUGACUGGGCAUUUUUGUCGAAGAAGGAAUGUUUGAAAUAUGGAGGAAAGCUCGUGGGGAACAACUGUGAUUUUGUUCCUGAUAUCACACUCAUGUCUUUUAUCCUCUUUUUGGGAACCUACACCUCUUCCAUGGCUCUGAAAAAAUUCAAAACUAGCCGUUAUUUUCCAACUACAGCAAGAAAACUGAUCAGUGAUUUUGCCAUUAUCUUGUCCAUUCUCAUCUUUUGUGUAAUAGAUGCCUUGGUAGGUGUGGACACUCCAAAACUAAUUGUGCCAAGCGAGUUCAAGCCAACAAGUCCCAACCGAGGUUGGUUUGUUCCACCGUUUGGAGGAAACCCCUGGUGGGUGUAUCUUGCUGCUGCUAUCCCUGCUUUGUUGGUCACCAUUCUGAUUUUCAUGGACCAACAAAUCACAGCUGUGAUUGUGAACAGGAAAGAACACAAACUCAAGAAAGGAGCUGGGUAUCACCUGGAUCUCUUUUGGGUGGCCAUCCUCAUGGUAGUAUGCUCUUUCAUGGCACUUCCGUGGUAUGUAGCUGCUACUGUCAUCUCCAUUGCUCACAUUGACAGUUUGAAGAUGGAAACAGAGACUUCUGCACCUGGAGAGCAACCAAAGUUUCUGGGAGUGAGGGAACAAAGAGUCACUGGAACCCUUGUGUUUAUUCUGACUGGUCUGUCAGUCUUUAUGGCUCCCAUCUUAAAGUUUAUUCCCAUGCCUGUACUGUACGGUGUGUUCCUCUAUAUGGGAGUAGCUUCCCUUAACGGUGUGCAGUUCAUGGACCGUUUGAAGCUGCUUCUGAUGCCCCUGAAGCAUCAGCCUGACUUCAUCUACCUGCGUCAUGUUCCCCUGCGCAGAGUCCACCUAUUCACGUUCCUGCAGGUGUUGUGCCUGGCCCUACUUUGGAUCCUCAAGUCAACUGUGGCUGCUAUCAUUUUUCCAGUCAUGAUCUUGGCACUUGUAGCUGUCAGAAAAGGCAUGGACUACCUCUUCUCCCAGCAUGACCUCAGCUUUCUUGAUGAUGUCAUUCCAGAAAAGGACAAGAAAAAGAAAGAGGAUGAGAAGAAAAAGAAAAAGAAGAAGGGAAGUCUGGACAGUGACAAUGAUGAUGUAAGGAACAUUCCAAAUUCCAAAGCAAAACUAGUUAACAAAUAUGAAAAAUGCCCUUUUUUAUACUUGAUGUGGGAUGGAGGGCUGAGUUCUAGGAAUGUUUAUUUGGCUGUAUGA